AUGGCCAACACUGUUUUUACCCUAUUUUCACUAGUCCUUAUUUGCAUAACAGCAACUCAAGGGAGGAAAACACUUCACCUUAACCAUGAAUUGCUCACAUCCAAUCCAGUUUUUGGUGAUGAUGUUCAUGGUAUCUGCAAAACUAUGGUAGAGACACUAGGUUACACAUGUGAAGAACACAAGGUUACAACAAAGGAUGGCUACAUCCUGAGCCUGCAGAGGAUGCCGACAGGGCGGUCGGGCCAGAAAGCCGACAAGCCGCCGGUGCUAUUGCAACAUGGCAUCUUUAGUGAUGCUUCAACAUGGCUGGUAAAUUCUCCAGAUGAAUCACUGGGAUUUAUCUUAGCAGAUAAUGGGUAUGAUGUGUGGUUUGCCAAUGUUCGUGGGACAAAAUACAGCAACGGGCACACAUCACUUAAUCCUAAUGACCAGGGUUAUUGGGAUUGGUCAUGGGAUGAAUUGGCUGGUUAUGAUCUUCCUGCUUUUGUCCAAUAUGUGUACAACUAUACAGGCCAGAAAAUGCACUAUGCAGGUCAUUCGUUGGGAACCUUGAUGGCUUUAGCUGCUUUCUCUCAAGGACAAGUGUUGAACAUGUUGAGAUCUGCUGCACUGCUUUGCCCAAUUGCUCAUAUGAAUCAGAUUACAUCACUGCUGACAAAAUUUGCAGCUGACACAUUUAUAGCUAAUGACUUGUACUGGUUACGAAUCCAUGAAUUCAAUCCAAACGGCCCAAUGACACUUGUCACAGGUCCAAACUGCUGCCUAAAUUCAUCGAUAACUGAUGUCUCUUCUGAGCCAACAGCAACUAAGAACUUGAUCCAUCUAUCUCAGAUGAUCAGAACAGGAAAAAUAGCAAAAUAUGAUUACGGUGAUGAAGGAGAAAACAUGCAACACUAUGGACAACCAGAUCCUCCUCUGUAUGACAUGACAACAAUUCCAAAAGAAUUCCCUCUUUUUCUCACCUAUGGAGGGCAAGACAUGCUAUCAGAUGUAAAAGAUGUACAACAUUUGCUCAAUGACCUCCAAGAUCAUAAUGCGAACAAGCUUGUCGUACUUUUCAAGGAAGACUAUGCUCAUCUUGAUUUUGUUAGGGCUGUCAACGCUAACCAAAUGAUUUACGAUCCUAUUAUGUCAUUCUACCGGGUUAACUGA